UCACAUAUAAAACUGUUUAUUUUUAAACAAUUUUUUUUAUAUAUUAGUUUUGGAGGAAUUUUUUUAACAAUACGUUGCCAAACAUCCUUCAGUGUGCUUUUAAUAUGUAUGUAUGAAAACAAGUUCAGCUUAUUGUAAAAUGAAGGAGAGAAUUCAACAAAAAUACUCGUACAUAAAGUGAUACAAGUAAUCGGCCCUUGUGAGUACCCACAUUUUACAUCAAAUAAUAAUUCAGUUCUCCACUUCUUUCCACAUUUCAUUCACAAUCACACGUUUUCUGUAUUUCCAACUAUUCUUAUCUAUAAUCUUUCUGCUGUUUUGAACUUGAUUCCCCCCCCCCCAAAAAAAAAAAAAAAAAAAGAAGAAAAGCAAAUAUGGCAGUUGUAGAGAUGGUGGUUUCAGCAAUGUUUAAAGAAGUGUUAGAUAAACUGGUCUCUGAAGGAGUGAAGCAGUUCGCGAAGCUGAUUAACAAAGGAAAGAAAUCUGAAAACAAAAUAAAAAUCCAAGAAUGGAAGGAUGAGCUGGAGACGAUUCAAGCGGUGUUGAUUGAUGCUGAACGGAAGCAAUGCGAUGAGCAACAGGGAGCUGCAAUCAGGUUGUGGCUGGAGAAUCUUCAAGACUUGGCUUUUGAUUUGGAGGAUCUUUUGGACGACUUUGCCCUUGAAGCCCUCAAAAUGAAUCAGGGUAAUAAUGAUGUUCAUCAUUUCAAGAAGAAUGCUCGUGGAUUUCUUCCAACUUCCUUCCAUAAUAUGGUUGGCAGUGUUUUGGCGUGUGGAUGUAGUACUACCCGGCAAAUUGGAUACUCUGGUCCAGACUUUUCAUCAAGGAUUGAUGAGAUAAGUAAUGCCUUGAACAAGAUUCGAACCCGGGUUCCGACUUUGGGUCUCAUAUCCAACAACUUGAGGCUACCAACAUACGCAGUAGAGGUGCAGCAACGAAAGAUGCCAGAGACCUCUUCUUUGAUAAGUGAGCCUCAUGUUCACGGGGGGGAUGGUAGGAAAAAAGAUAUCAUCUGUCAAUUGUUGGAAGAUAAACCAAGUUAUGAGAAUUAUGUCGUGAUCCCUAUCGUUGGAAUGGGAGGCAUUGGGAAGACUACUCUUGCUCAGUAUGUCUACAAUGAUGAAGAGGUGAAGACUCACUUUGCUCUUAAGGCAUGGGUGUGCGUAUCAGAUGCAAUUGAUGUGAAACGCAUAACAAAUGAUAUCAUCAACUCGGCCACCCAAGACAAUUUUGAUUGUAGCAACCUGAAUCAAGCACAAAAGAAAUUGCAGCAAGUGCUAAAGGACAAUAAAUUCUUGAUUGUUCUUGAUGAUGUUUGGAGUGAGAAUUAUAAAGAUUGGGUCCAAUUAAGGACACCUUUUCAUGGUGCAGCAAGAGGUAGCAGAGUUAUAGUCACAUCAAGAAAUGAUAAGACUGCAAAGAAGAUGACUACAAAUCACAGCACUAUCAUCCAUUUAGAAGGUUUGUCAGAUGAUGAUUGUUAGCUUCUAUUUCAACAACAUGCAAAUAUAGAU